CCCCCUGCUAGCCCGGCCCUGCCGGUGCUCCUCACUCCCGACCCGCAGCCCCCUGCUAGCCCGGCUCUGCCGGUGCCCCUCACUCCCGACCCGCAGCCCCCUGCUAGCCCGGCUCUGCCGGUGCCCCUCACUCCCGACCCGCAGCCCCCUGCUAGCCCGGCUCUGCCGGUGCCCCUCACUCCCGACCCGCAGCCCCCUGCUAGCCCGGCUCUGCCGGUGCUCCUCACUCCCGACCCGCAGCCCCCUGCUAACCCAGCUCUGCCGGUGCUCCUCACUCCCGACCUGCAGCCCCCUGCUAACCCAGCUCUGCCGGUGCCCCUCACUCCCGACCCGCAGCCCCCUGCUAGCCCAGCCCUGGGCUCCCCCCCACUCCAGCUGUGCCGGUGCCCCUCAUUCCUGACCCACAGCCCCCUGCUAUCCCAGCUCUGCCAGUGCCCCUCACUCCCGACCCGCAGCCCCCUGCUAGCCCAGCCCUGGGCACCCCACACCCAGCUCUGCUGGAGCCCCUCACUCCCGACCCUGCUCUCCCCCACCCCCGGCCCCCCCCACUCCAGUCCUGAGACACCAGUUUUGCUUGGCCGUGUGAGGAGCAUUGCUGGGGUCUGGCCCACGCCCCACACUGGCUCACCCCGGCGUUGGCCUGGGGCAGGGUUCGAGCCCAGCGCUCUGGCGCUGAGCAGAGACUGCCGGGGGUCCCGCGGCGUGGCCUGAUGCCCUUGGCUUUCCCCCGCCAGCUGCCGAUGGUGAAGGACGAUGAUCCUGCUGCCCAACAGCACAGAUGGGGCCCGGGCGAGCGACGCCGAGCCGCUGGAGUGGGAGCAGCAGCCGCUCUGCGGGGAGGAGAUCAUCCCCGUCAUUUACUACAGCGUCCUGCUGGGCCUCGGGCUGCCAGUUAACAUCCUGACGGCCGUCGCCCUGUCCCGCCUGGCUGUCAGGACAAAGAAAUCGUCCUACUGGUACCUGCUGGCCCUGACCGCCUCCGACAUCCUCACCCAGGUCAUCAUCAUCUUCAUGGGCUUCAUCCUGCAGAUGGCCAUCCUGGCCCACGAGGGGCCCCACGCCUUCAUCCACACCUUCAACGUCCUGCAGUUUGCCACCAACCACGCCUCCAUCUGGGUGACCGUGCUGCUGACGGCCGACCGCUACGUGGCCUUGUGCCACCCGCUGCGCUACCGCAUGCUCUCCUACCCCGAGCGCACCCGGAAGAUCAUCGCCGCCGUCUUCGGCGCGGCGCUGGCCACCGGGAUCCCCUUCUACUGGUGGCUGGACAUCUGGCACGACUCCCAGACGCCCACCACCGUGGACAAGGUCCUCAAGUGGGUUCACUGCUUCACCAUGUACUUCAUCCCCUGCAGCAUCUUCCUGGCCACCAACUCCGUCAUCGUCUGCAAGCUCAAGUGGGGGAAGCGGGUGGACGGGCACCGCCGGCGCAUGGGCAAGACCAUCGCCAUGCUGAUGGCCGUCACCACCAUCUUCACUGUGCUGUGGGCACCCCGGACGUGCGUUAUCCUCUUCCACCUCUACACGGGCUCCACCAGCAAGGACCAGAGGCUGCACGUGGCUCUGAACCUGGCCAACAUGAUUGCCAUGCUCAACACCACCGUCAACUUCUUCUUCUACUGCUUCGUCAGCAAGACCUUCCGCCGCACGGCCGGUGAGGUGAUCCGCUCCUGCAGUCCUUUCUGCACCGGGCACAGCCAGCCACCCAACAAAGGGGGCUUUCUGCACUCGGCUCUGAAACCGCAGGGGCUGCUGGAGAACGUGUCCCUUUAGGGCAACAGCGUCGGUGCGGUCCUGCUCUCGAAGGAUUCCCAGUCAUCGGAAUGUGCAGCCUGGCUACCCCAUUCCCACCGGGCCCCUCACAUCCCGGCCCCCGAGGGGCUUGGGCAGAGGGCAAGAUGGGGCGUGCAGCAGCCAGGGCAAGGCGGUGGGUUACAGUGUACUGGCUGGGUAGGAGGCAGCUGGCACUAGUUGGCAUGGGCAAGAUGCCAGCUGGUGCAGUGGCCCCAACAGAGCAGGAAUGCUCAGACCUGGUGGCCUGACUUGAGGCAUCUGUGAUUGCUGUGAACCCAUGUUCUGACUGUGGAAGGGAACCAGGCCGUCCUGAUCCUGUGCCCACGAGACCAUAUUGGGCAAGUGCCAGGCCUAGUGCACUAGGGCCGCUCCACCCAAUGCCGCUCUCCCACGAGGUCCAUCUGGGACCUCAGCACGGGUCAGACUGUGGAGAGGCCUGGUUUAACGCCUGGGCCCAGAGGGAGGAGACACACAGUUGCUUGGGGAUGCUGCAGGGGGUGCUAAGCCCUUAGCAUGCCACUGGAAGCCCUGCAGUUGUAACACGUACCCCAAGGACAUUGGAUUGUCAGGUGGGGAAGCCGAGAUGGUGUGGAACUAAAGGACAUGCCCAUGGUUACCUGCAAGGCUGCGACCCAGACGGGAAUGGAACCCAGGAACCCUGGCAAACAGUUCCCUGUUCUAACCACUAGGCAAGACUGCUCGCUCGGCCAUUCGCCGCUUCUGGCCCCCCAAGAUCCCAGUUCGGUCAGGUCAGAGCAUUUAAUCUCUCUCUGUUUUAUUGCCCAUCGCUCCUGAAGCAAAGGGCUAUGCACGCAAGGGGGCUAUGCUUCCUGAAGCAAAGUGCUCUGCCUGGGGGACGCUGGUGUAGCUGGAUGUUCUGGGGCCCUGGGACCAGCUGAGCUACCGGGUUCCUGUGGCUGAAAAUGUCUGUGAUGCCCACGCGAGCUCCACCACGUAUCAAAGCACUAGCGCCUGGCACAGCAGCUGGGCGCGACGGAUGAGCCGGGAGCGCUGGGCGGAGUGGGUGCUGGUGGGGCCGUGGCGAGGGCCCUGCCUCACACUGCCAGUGCAAGGCCAAUAAACCUCCAGGUCAUGAUCAAAAUUCUCGCUUUGGAUCUCGUUCUUCCCAGAGCAAACCUGGCGCCGUGUCCUGGGGGGGGAGCGGGGGGACUCUGGCCUCCCUCCCACUCAAGGCUGUAUACAACCAGCCCAAAUGGGUCUGCAACGCACAGGCUUGGCUCCAUGACGCAUCCUCACCCGGCUGCCCCGGUGCCCAUGAGGGACCCUAUCAUAAAGCAUUGUGCAUGGCCCAGGAGACCCUACAAUAACAUACCCCUAUGUACAGCCCUGCGUGCCCCUACAAUAACCCACCAGGCACAGCCGUGGCCCUCACAAGUCACCCUACGAUAACAAAAUCCUCACUUCAGAGCUCCCCCGCAAGCUCUCUCCUAGCCCGUGGGGCCUGAUACCUGCCCCAGUGGGUGGGGACUGUGAGCCGUGGGCAGAUUGGGUGGGGGUAGAAGAGACCCACGGCUGGAAUAGCCAGGGGGCUGCGGGGCCGCAUUGAGGGACGUCAACAGCACAGUUUCGGGUUGGGGAGGAGCUAGGUUCCCCCCGAGUCGCCUUGGCCAGAGCCCAGCUUUCAGAGCUGCCUGUCCAGCGCACCCACACCUGGCUCC